AAACCUUUAGCACCUGUUGUUAAAGGAGAAGCGCGCGCACAUAUCAACACAGUCAUACGCAUGCACGCUAAAAGUUGGUCACUCGUCAAAACAGAGGCAAGUCGCCGUGUUUGGACUCAAGCAAAAACCGGACUGGGAUUCAUACGAAUAGCUUCCUGUGGAUUAUUUUGUGUUUAUAUCAUUACUUAGCCUGCCGGAGCAAUCUUUCAGCGUCUGGAACUUCUGCCGGCUGCGAUGUUUCCCGAUUCUAUACAGGCUCCAUUCAUCCUUGUGGAAGACCUGUGUUAGGUUUGAACCCUGAGAGGAACCACAGGGACGAAGGCUUUAAGGCCGAGAGGCCAAUAAAGCAUGCUUGCGGCAAUGCUGCGCCAGAGUACCAGCGGAGGAUCUGGAGGUAGUGGUGGUGGAGGAGGAACCAAACUCCCUCUGGGCAUGUCUCGAUUCUCAUCCAGCUUGACCACUGUCAAUUUGGGCUCCUCAGACAAAGUCUCCAAGAGCCGCUCGAUGCAUAAGGGCAACCAAGAUAGCCUCGCCUCAGACCCAAACUACAUAAUGCAAACAGUCAGCGACGUGCGCAAAUUUGCUGAUGUGUUACUCAAGUUCAAAGACGUCUUCAUCUCCACAGAGGGUGGAAUGCUGGGUUUCCAUGACGCUGAUGAAGUAAAAGCCUGGCAAUGUGCUUCUGGCAGCCUGCGAGGAGCUCCUGAUCCGCGGCCUCCUUCUCAUCAGGAUCAAGAGAACCAAUCCUGCCUCCACAAAGCAGUCCACGAACGUCUCGGGGAAAUGCUGGCAGUCCUGAUGACCAUCAUUAACAAACACCAGAGCCUUAACUCAGUUGAUAUCCUGAGUUCAGCUGGAACUGUCAUCACUGCAGUGAAAGGAGUGAAUUUUGAGGAGGUGAACGAAGAGAAUAAGCAGAGUCUUUUCAGCGACAUCUACUUUGCAAUUGACAAAUUGGCAUUCACCGUUGGCUAUGUAGUGUCUGACUUCCUUAUGGGAGAUGUAGAGAAUGGAUCUGUGUUAGGGCUCCCCCUAACUAAGAGGAGUGGGUCUUUUGACAACCUACCUGUGGAAUCUGGAGGAUCCGGCUCUGAGAAAGAUGAUCCACCAGUUCCUGCAGGCGUCCUAGGACCACCGCUUCGCGUCGAAGAGGUGGACCGGACGCUGCAGCAGCUGGACAACGGAGUGGAGUCAGCACUGCGCUACGCCAAGGCCUGGUCAAAAUACACCAAAGAAGUGCUGGGCUGGGUGGAGAAACGUCUUAAUAUGGAUAUUGAGUUGGCGAAAAGCUAUAACAAAAUGGCUGAAUCAGCAAAGACUCUCGCGAGUCAACAGGAAUUCAUGCCUUUCCGUGACAUCUACAUGGCUGCUUUCAGAAAUGACAUUGAGUACAGCAGGCUUGUACUAAACACCACAGCAGUGCUCCAAAGCAACAAAUUCAUGCAGCCUCUGAUGACUCGAAAAAAUGAACUCGACAAACUACGGAAAGAAAUGAAAGAGCAGUGGCAAAGAGAGCAAAAGAAAAUGCAUGAGGCGGACAGCGCUCUGAAAAAGGCUCGGAUGCUGCAGGAUCAGCGUCAAGAGGAGUACGAAAAGGCUAAGGUAUUCACCAGUCGCCUUGAGGGGGAGCAGACUGGAGGUGUUGGAGGAGCAACGACUGCCAAACAAUUAGAAAAGCGGCGCAGGUUGGAAGAGGAGGCCUGGCAGAAGGCUGACGAGGCGAGAGCACACUCCGAAGCUUGUCAGAUAGAUGUUGUGGAAAAAAGAGUUGAUCUAGCCAAAACCAAAAGUGAGGUCAUCACUCAGCUCCGAAAGAUGAUCUUUCAAUGUGACCUCACCCUUAAAGCUGUCACAGUCAAUUGGUUCCAGCUCCAGCAGGCCCAGGUUGUAUCACUUCCCGUCAACCACCAGAGUCUUUGUGAAAAUUCCAAACUGUAUGAGCCUGGGAAUCGCUAUGUUGAGUUUGUCCGGAGUUUACCCCAUGAGUCCCACUAUUUGGAUUCGUCUUUUUCAUCAAGCACAGGAAUGCUUCUCACACAGCGCACACUAAGUGGCAGUCACUCAUCCAACAGUAACCAGUCGCAAGGAUCCGUGACAUCUGACCUCCUUGGUACAGAUGAUAUUGAUGGGUCCAACGCCAACUCCCAGCAAACAAUGAUUAUGGAGCGGCGCUCCAAGAGCAGCACUGACACUCAAGCACAUCGUAAUCGUUCUUGGAAUUCGGCGAGUCAGGGUGGAGGAAUGUGUAGCGACUCAGAGAGUGUAGGAGGGAGCAGCGAGUCCCGGUCCAUGGACUCACCUACUGCAAGCCCAGGAGACUUUAAGAGGAAAUUACCCAGAUCACCCUCUACUGGUACCAUGUCAUCUGCCGAUGACCUGGAUGAGCCCCAAUCGCCUUCUGAUGCUAUUAAUGGUUUAAACGAUCUUUUAAUAGAGGCAGCUAGCUCUCCACGUCCUUUUAGAAACACUCAAAUGUCCAAAGCUGCUCAAACACACAAGUUUAGAAAACUUCGAGCGCCCUCCAAGUGUCGACAGUGUGAUGGGCUUGUUGUGCUUCAAGGAGCGGAGUGUGAGGAGUGUUCAUUAGCCUGCCAUAAGAAGUGCCUGGAGAGCUUGGCAAUUCAGUGUGGACAUAAGAAGCUCCAGAGGAAGCUUCACCUCUUUGGUGUUGACUUCACACAGACUGCAAAGAACAGCGAGGACGGCAUUCCAUUCAUUAUCCGCAAAUGUACAUCGGAGAUCGAGACAAGAGCACUUAAUGUGAAGGGUAUCUACCGCCUGAAUGGUGCCAAGUCCCGCGUAGAAAAACUGUGCCAAGCAUUUGAGAAUGGCAAAGACUUGGUUGAAAUGUCUGACCUUUACCCCCAUGACAUAAGCAAUGUGCUCAAACUCUACUUAAGACAGCUUCCAGAGCCACUCAUUCUUUUCCGCUACUACAACGAGCUUAUCGGUUUGGCCAAAGAAAGCCAAAGUGGAAUUGUGGAGGAUUUGGAGGCAUUUCGUCUGAGCUCCUCUCCAGUAACCCCAUCUCAGGUCGGCGUGGAGCUCAACCGUAUCCUCUUCAAGCUCAAGGACCUCCUCAGACAGUUGCCACCUGCUAACUACAAGACACUGCAAUUCAUCAUAGAGCAUUUGCACCGGGUGACAGAACAAUCUGAGGAAAACAAGAUGCCAGCCAGAAACCUAGGAAUCAUCUUUGGCCCAACACUCAUCAAGCCGAGACAGUCAGAUGCCGAAGUCUCCUCCCUCUCCUCGGUGGUGGAUUACCCCUAUCAGGCGCUCAUUGUAGAGCUCCUUAUCAGACACUACCACAUGAUCUUCGACACCCCCCUCAGUCCUCUGACGAGCAGCUCACCCACCGAGGUUUGCGUUCAACUAGACAUGCGCCCUCCUUACCGGGGAAAAGAACAGCUUCUGAGCAGGCACUCAAAAUCUGUUGGCGACAUCCAGGAGUUGAGCUCCAAGGAUUUCAAGAGACAUUCCUCCACUCCUUCAUAUAACUCAUCGGCUGAGUAUAAGGAUUCAGUACUACUCCUUCCGGCUGACCUCGAAGGAAAAGAAUUUGAACCUGCCGACGAAUUGGAUUCAGAAUUCUUCAAUGGAAUCGCCGAGGUCCCGAAAGCUAGCGAACGAAGCCUCUUCCGUUCUCCGCACGUCACCCCCGCGACCAGGGUGCAUCUACGACCGCACCGCAACCGGGUUUCCUCCCGACCCGCCAGCAUGCCGGUGGAACGGAGCCGUGGCCGUAGCCAAGAGGACGAGAAUCCUACCCGGAGUAACGUGGAUGAAGAUGAUAGAAAGGGAGACCGUGGUAUCCAGUCUAUCGAAGAAGUGGAUGAAACUGAGAUGAGCAAAUUACGAGUCGGCCCACACUACCGCAACACAAUGCACACAAACACCUUGCGCAGUACUUGGGACAAACAAUACAAGCACCAUGAUGUUGCAUCUAGAACUGCCAAAAACAUUUUCAAUACAGACAGCACAGCAGAUGAUGCAAGCAGCUCAUCCCCUUCUGCCUCAGUGUCAUCCUUAAACUUGCCCGUUGACGACUCCAUGAGCACUGUUCCAAGCUACCUUAAUGGACCUUACAGCAUGCCACCGCAACACGGCAGGAUAUUAAGAAGUGGGGACAAUGUAGCGAAGUACAAUAUUGUUUCAACAGCUUUCCGUUCUUCCAGAACCCUCCAUCCACCACUGGAAACUUUCUACAAUCCGGCAUCAGGGAAUAAAGCUAAAUCACUCCUCGGAUUAGCCAGCAGCACCGAUAACGAAGAUAAGGAGGAUGACGACGAGGAUGAUGAUUUGGAGAUUGAAGUGUCUGUGGAUGAGCCUCUUGAUGAGGACGCAGAGCAGGCAGCCGCCUCGCCAUCCCACAGCCCAAACCUAGAUGACGUGGGCAUCAACCAGGCCAGACCUGUGUACCCGAGACUCAGAUCCAAGCAACUUCAAGAGGUUGAACGUCGAGAAGCUCAUUUUGUGUGAGCUCAGACAUCCUGCGUGGACAAGAAAACGCCUUCUGCUUUCUCAAAAUGCAAACAGAACAUCACCAAUAUAUCAUCCUGUAAUCACAACACUAGCACCAAAUUGGACUAUUUAUAAUACUUCAAAAAAAUGUGCUAAUGCAUAUUAUGUAAAUAUUUUGUAUAGUGUUCUUCUGGACUCUGUGUCUCUUUAUAUACCAAAAAGUAUCUAUUUGAAUUGUUACAAUAGAUAAUGUAGCCACAAAAUUGAAAAGAACAAAAAUUGUGCACAUCAUAAAUGCACAAGAAUGUGUUGCCAUUUUGCUUUUAUACUGUUACAUGUAGGGAAAAAACAUUAACAUUUCUCAAUCGAGCAAUAAAAAAACUAUGACAGCUGUGGUGAGAUACUGCUAAUGACAUGGACAUUGUUUUAUACUGCUAAACGUGAUCCUAAACAUGUUGAAAAAAGUCUUAAUUUUUUUGAUCGAAAAUGAAUUUGAAGUACUCAAACUGUUUAAAUGCUGUUUUUUUUUUUUGGAGGGGGGGCAACUUGCAAGGUUGGCACGAAUGUUCAUAUGUUUAAAAAAAAAAAAGAAAAGAAAAGGUACACCUGAACAAGUAUACUUUGUAAUUUAUUAAAAUGUAUCCCCAAAAAAAUUGAGACGCAUUUUUUUCUCAUUAAGCAACAGUGCUCGUCAAGAAUAUUAAGAAUAAGAAGUCUUCCAUUUUGGGAAUUCUUUUUACGCUAAUACAGGUAAUACAUGCAUUAGCUUUAAUAGUCAUUGACACACAGACAUGACAACAAAAUUACAUUCGAAGUGUGAGCAUUGGGCCGCUGCAGAUGAACCACGCUGCCAGCUAUCUCUCUCUUCUUGAGAAAUGAUUGAGCAGUUACAGUGAAAACAAGUUACAAUGAACACACAUAUAUGAUACAACAUAGCAGGAUAUGACACGACGUGCAGGUCACGUGCAGGAAUUCUUUAUAUGACUAUAAGGAAACUUCUCAGUCAUGGCUGGUAGGAGGGGUAGGGAUACUUUGAAAAGACGAGAGCGGAUUUGGAGGGAGGUAGGAACGUGUGUGUAUGUCAGUAUUUGUGUUAGGGUUGGGAAUUUCUGGCAUGAAGCCGAUUUGAUUUGUAUCUAGAUACACUCGUUACGAUUCGAUUAAAAAACGAUACAUUUUUAAGGCCGAGCGAUUCGAUACAGUUUAAGAACGAUACGGUUCGAUACAGAGUGAAAACGAUACGACAGUAAGCAUUUGUUGUGUGUGUUCGUACAGUAUUUUAAACAUAUAAAAAAGACAUUUCUAAUAGCAAAAUUAAACAAAAUUUCAUAACAAUGUUAUGUUUAAUUCUUGUAUGAAAAAAAAAAAAAGGCUUACUCUAUGACCGUCAUUUUGUUGGAUGGGACUGAUCAUAAAAUAAAACUCCAGUGACAGACACCCAAUAAAGUGCAGUAAUUCAAUUACUGUAUUUCCUGGUGUUUUGAACACAAGAGGUUAGUAAUUUAAGUGCUAAGUUUCAACGUAAACAUCUUACAAACAAAAAAUAUCAAUUAUAUGCAGCAGCUCUAGAAAAAAAACCUGCAAUGUUAUCAUAAAUAAAUAAUAAAUUAUGCUUUACCAAUGGUAAAAUUUGGGGAAUAAAAACAUGGCAUUUUAGACAGAUGGGU